AUGAUUGUAUUGAUUUAUUUGUUAAGUAUUGUAAAUGGGAUUGAUUUCAAUACAUGGGUUGGAAAAUAUAAUAAACAUUUUACAGCAGUUGAAAUGCUUAGAAGAAAUGCAAUUUUCAAUAUGAAUGGUAAAAUUGUAGGAGAAUUUAACAAAGAAGGAACAUUUAAAUUAUCAUUAGAGGGGCCAUUUGCUGCUAUGACGAAUGAAGAAUAUAAAAAUAUUCUUAAAUCAAAAAGAAGUGAAGAAGGAAAAGGAAAAGUUAAGUAUUUGAAUAUUGAAGCACCUGAAACAGUAGAUUGGAGAAAGGAAGGAAAAGUAACACCAAUUAGAGAUCAAGCAGAGUGUGGAGGGUGUUAUGCAUUUGGAUCAAUUGCAGCACUUGAAGGAAGAUUAUUAGUAGAACAAGGAGGUGAUGCUAAUACACUCGAUCUUUCAGAAGAAGAAAUGAUUCAAUGUACAAGAGAAUAUGGAAAUAAUGGAUGUGGAGGAGGAUUUGGAUCAAACGCAUAUGAUUACAUUAUAGAACAUGGAGUUAGUAAUGAAACAGAAUAUCCAUUUACUGGAAUGGAUUCUGAAUGUAAAACUAAUAUAAAACCAUAUGUUACAAUGAAAGGUUACAAUAGAGUCGCAAGAAAUAAUGUAAAAGAGCUUAAAUCUGCAAUUUCACAAGGAAUGGUUGAUGUUGCAAUGGAUGCAUCAUCUGUGAAAUUCCAAUUAUAUAAAAGUGGAGCAUAUACAGAUAAAAAGUGUAAGAAGAGUUUCUUUGCAUUAAAUCACGAAGUAUCAGCAGUUGGGUAUGGAGUUGUUGAUGGAAUAGAAUGUUGGAUAAUUAGAAAUUCAUGGGGAACAACAUGGGGAGAGAAUGGGUAUUUUAAUAUUGCUAUUGAAGGAAAUACUUGUGGUAUUGCUACUGAUCCACUUUAUCCAACAGGUGCACAAUAUCUUUAAAUGAAUAGUUUAAUC